AUGGCCAAAUCAACUGCAGCAGCAGCAGCAGACAACAAUGAUAUCCAGGUAUUAGAAACUUUGGUUGAAGAUGAGCAGAAACCAAUAGAGGAUAUUUCUGGUAAUCAUUUACAAGUCAGACACAGAAUGCAUCGUUCAGCAGUCAGACCAUUUUUCUGUUGUGGAAGUGAAAUAUCUCUUGUUAGCCUGGUGGAAAAUGCUGAAAAAGAGGAAAGUUCUACAAGUGAUGGAAGAACUAUUGAAGUUUUAAGUGAGGACAAUAAGUCAGAUAGUAAAUUAUUACUGAAAGGUAAAAAUACUACCUCUAAGUGUGGAGAGUGUAAUGAUAAUUGUAAUGGAUGUCGACGUCAAACUACAACAACACGCAGAAAGAAGGGAGACAAAAUUCAGGGCAAUUUAAACAAAUCAAAGAAGAAAUCUUGGAGUUCUAAAUUAAAGGGAAGAUUUCCUCAUGCAGGGCGUCAUUCUAAUCAUCAUGGACAUGGUGAAUCAUCUUCAACACCAGAAGUUUCCUGUUGUGCUUGUCCAAAAGAAACACCAUGUUCAUCCCAAAAUCUUCUUCAAGCAGCUGGUAAUCCUAUUUUUUUGGAUGGAUGUAGAAUAAUGUGGAAUUCCCCAUUAACACUGACAGCUAAUUUUGAUGAACUGUAUCCAACUGAUGAUUUGGAUGAAGUACGUAGAGUGGCUAGAGCACGUGAGAUGAGAGAAGGUAUAGACCCUGCUGUCCAAACACACUCAAACCAGUCCCUGACAGGUGCUGCCUCAGCCAGUCUGUUAAGUCAAAUGUUCAUAAAUCACUGUUCAGUAACCUUGCCACCUUAUCCAUUAAAUUCAAUCAGUUUGGGUCGAGGUUAUG